AUGUCGAUGGCCGAUCAAGACGAGGCCACGGCGGCAGUCGUGGAGGGCCUCAAGCGCCUGUACCACACCAAGCUUAAGCCGCUCGAGCAGACGUACAUGUUCGGAUGGUUCCACUCUCCCCCCCUGACGGAUAGCGAGUUCGAGAGCAAGCCGCAGGUGCUCAUGUGCGGGCAGUACUCUACGGGAAAAACGUCGUUCAUCCGAUAUCUGCUCGGCCGCGACUUCCCGGGCCAGCGCAUCGGGCCAGAGCCUACUACCGACCGUUUCGUGGCGGUAAUGGACGGGUCCGACGAGAGAGUCGUUCCCGGGAACGCUCUGACGGUUUCGCCGAACCUUCCGUACCGGGGGCUGGACCGGUUCGGAGUGUCGUUCCUGAACAAGUUUGAGGCGAGCCAGCUGCCGUCUCCGGUGCUGAGGAACAUCACGAUUGUGGACACGCCGGGCGUGCUCUCGGGAGAGAAGCAGCGGGUGUCGCGCGGGUACGACUUCGUGAACGUGUGCCACUGGUUCGCGGAGAGGGCUGACCUCAUCCUGCUGCUGUUCGACGCGCACAAGCUGGACAUCAGCGACGAGUUCAAGGCGGUGAUCGAGCGGCUUAAGGGCCAGGAUGACAAGAUCAGAGUCAUACUAAACAAAGCCGAUCAGGUGGACCGGCAGAAGCUGAUGAGGGUGUACGGGGCGCUGAUGUGGUCGAUGGGGAAGAUCAUCCGCACACCGGAGGUUCUAAGGGUGUACGUGGGGUCCUUCUGGGACGAGCCGUUGAUGUACGACGACAACGCGGCCCUGUUCGACAUGGAGGAGAGAGAUCUCAUGAACGACCUCAGAGAGCUUCCCCGAAACUCGGCGGUCCGGAAGAUCAACGAGCUCGUCAAGCGGUGCCGGCUCGCAAAGGUGCACGCCUACAUCAUCGGCUACCUCCGAGCACAGAUGCCGUCGAUGAUGGGGAAGGAGAAGGUUCAGAAGCAGCUCACCGCCGACCUCGCGCAGGUGUUUCGCGCUGUCAUGAAACAGCACAACCUCGCGCCGGGAGACUUCCCGGAUCUCGAGCCAUUCCGGUCUAAGCUGGCAGACACCAACUUCACCAAGUUCCCCAAGCUCAAGGUCAAGAUGCUCGAGGAAUUAGAUGAGAUGCUGUCGGUGGAUAUCCCAAGACUGAUGGAGAUGCUGCCAAGAACGGUGGCGCCUACCAGAGCAGACGAACAGAUCAGGAAUUUUAUGCAGGAGAGUAACGACACCCCAACGCCGCCCAAGUACAACGCCCCGGGGGGCGCUUCAAGGGGAGGGGGAGGGGGAGGGGGGGGAGGGGGAGGAGGGUACUACGAGCAGGAGGGCGAUCAGCGAUGGGCAGGUGGGGCAAGCGGGGGUGGAAGCUACGGCGGCAGCCCCCCGGAGCCAACAGGGGUAGCGAAUCCCUUCAAGCCACCGCCACAGGACAGCAACCCGUUCGGGGACGAGCCCAGCGCGUCGGGGUGGGCCUUAGAGGUGGAAGCGGCGGAACUGAGGGGCCUGUUCGAGGAGUACGAACCGGUGGCGGGGAAGCUCAGUGCCGUCAACGCGAGAGCGCCCUUGGUGCAAUCUGGCCUCCCGAACGACACGCUACGCGUAAUUUGGGAUUUGUCCGACAUGGACAACGACGGGAUGCUUGACCUUGAGGAGUUCACGGUGGCGAUGCACCUGUGCGACCGGACGAAAGCGGGGGAACCGCUGCCGGAUGGUCUCCCACGCAACAUGGUCCCCCCCUCGAAGGCAUCCUUGAUGUUCUAGGCGACGCGCGUUGUUGGUACCUGUCUUCCUCUUCCGCGGGCAGUGUGGUCCGUGGCACACGUUCCGGUUGCCCCUGACGGAGGCGUUCUUGAUGUUGUUGUUCCUGGUCUACCCCUACAGUAUGUUGCUCUCCCACAGGCAGCGUCGUCCCGCGGCAGUUGUUUCCGUGGGAGUGUUUGUCGGUCACGUCAGGUUUUACGUCCAUAGUGCCAGGCGGGUUGUUUCCAGAACAACAGCAGGGUGGCGGUAGCACGCAGCCUCCCUACGAUCGCCCGGUAUCACCCCAAACGUUCAGCUGAGCAGGAUCUAUGCGAGGUGCACUUAUGUGGCUUUCCGUGGCGCUUGCGAAGCUGAAAUUUUCCACGAAACACGGGCGGAGCUUGAAAAUGGGAUGUGAUGGUUUGUCGUGCAGGCGUCGUUUCUCGUGCCGGGGUAUUUUCUUGGAAAUUUUCUGGUUUGGCCACGUACCUCUCCCACUUUUUGUGGUUCAAGAAUCUCCUCGUUUUUUUUUUUUGGAAACAGGAGUGGGUCCUUUCCGACAAGACCCAAGUGUUGGGAUCUAGCAGAGGUGUUGCUGCGCGACGGAUGCGACUUGUGUUAUGUGGCGACUUUGAACGUGGCUUGUGCGCCUGCCCCCCUGUGCGUAAGCGCCAUGUGAUCUCCCUUUGUCUGCAAGGACCGGGAGAGACAGUUUUGCGGUGUGGUCCCUUCCCUUACGUGGCGGGUUACUCGUCGCUUGAACCCAUAUUGGCCAAUCAAGACGAGAUGAGAAGCUGUACUAGGAACCUGACUUGGAUAGAAACCAAUUGAUAAAAACCGCGCACAAGUUUUGGACCACGUAUAGCGUUCUAUCUUUUCCUGGGGUCACGAUAUUCGGUUCGCGGAGCUACGGGGUGUUGCGGGGGAACAGGUUCCGGUUCGUGACGACCCCGUACAGUUUGGCGCAAAAAGACCAGCGUGUAUUUUUUUCGCUACCCGCGCUGGGCGGUCUUGUUGGUUGGACCUAUCUGUACCUGUAUUUUUAUCCCUCUACGUGUAAUGCUGCACAGCAUUAUUGGGCAUGUAGGCGGUGUAUGUCACUUUAGCCUUCUGUUGUGGUAGUAGUUAUAUUGGGGAGGAUGGAUGUUGGUCGCCGUUUCGAAACCCUCCCCCCCGGCUCUCGCGCGCGGCGCGAGUCGUCUUUGUUUUGAUUCCUGGGGGUCGAAUGGUGGCUCAAUUUAAGACUGUCGUCCUCAUU